CUUUCUCUCUCUUCCUGAAUUUUGACCGUUGCUUUUCUCAACGUCUCUCUCCUUCCCCCUCUCUCCCCGAUCAACCUUCAUUUUUCUUCAAAGCUUUCACCAUUCUCACCUUCAGUAGCUGAGGAAACUCCUUAUGAUCCUAGUGAGAGACAGGAAAGAAUAAAAUUGCUAUUUCCAUUUUGAUUCAAAACUGAAACAUUCAUAAAGUUAAAGAAAAGAAAAAGCAAGAAAUGGGAUGUUCUACAUCAAAGCUGGAUGAUGAAGAGGCAGUUCAGCUUUGUAAAGAUAGAAAGCAAUUCAUUAAACAGGCACUAGAGCAAAGAACCCGGUUUUCUUCAGGACACAUAGCUUAUAUCCAAUCCUUGAAAAGAGUUUCUGCUGCUCUUUGCGAGUAUGUGGAUGGUGAUGAACCCCGUGUGUUCUUGCUAGAUUCAUUUGUAACUCCACAAUUGACACCAGUGAAGAAAAUAAGUUCCGGUUUCAUCUCAAUUUCACCAAAAUCUAUUCCACCGGCACAAAUCGAGUCACGCUCCAACUCAUCUUUGAAGGUGAAUUACUUAAGGUCAGGUGGGAACCCAGCAGUUUCAGUUGAAGAAAGGCCUCCAUCACCAGAAACAGUCCGAGUUGAAGCUUACUCUCCAAUGCACCAGUAUGGAUAUGAUGGAUUUUUUGGAAUGCAACAAUCACCGCGAAGUUCUUCAUUCUUCUCUUAUUCACCCAACAAUAGACCCGGUAUCCCUCCUCUUUCGCCGCAAAAUUCGCAAUGGGAUUUCUUUUGGAACCCAUUUUCAUCCUUGGACAGCUAUGGUUAUCCAAACCAAAGCAAUCUUGAUCAAACAACCAUGGAAGAUGAGAUCAGAGAACUAAGGCAGGUUCGAGAAGAAGAGGGGAUUCCAGACUUGGAGGAAGAUGAAACAGAGCGAGAAGAAUCUGAGAGUAAUGCACAUGUAAGAGAGAAAAGAGCUGAAACUCAUACACAUUUCUCCAGACAAGAUGUCCUUGUAGAAGAUGUCCAUGAGGAUGAGGAAGAGGAAAUAUAUAGCCAAACUGAUCCAGAGCAUGAGGUGGAAGGCUUACAGUCCCACGGAAGAACAAACAUAGAUAUUUCACGGGCUCAAAUGACUGGGCAAAUUGAAGUCAGUAAACAAGAAAUGGCAGUUGCUGAUCAAGAGUCGAAGGAAGAGACACCAGGUUUUACUGUUUAUGUAAACCGAAGGCCAACAAGCAUGUCAGAAGUAAUCAAGGACCUUGAAGAUCAAUUCACGGUUAUUUGCAAUGCAGCAAAUGAUGUCUCCAUAUUGUUAGAGGCUAGCAGCACCCAGAACUCAACAAAAUCAAAUGAACUCACAGCCAUGAAAAUGUUGAAUCCAAUAGCUUUGAUGCGAUCUGCUUCAUCUCACUCAUCUUCAUCAAGAUUUUUAAUAAAUUCUUCAAGUUCAAGAGAUGAAGGUUAUGAAAGCAGCAGCGAUAUGUCUGAGGACUCCUGCAUGUUUUCUGGUAGCCAUCAAUCAACCUUGGACAGAUUGUAUGCUUGGGAAAAGAAACUCUAUGAGGAAGUCAGGUCUGGAGAAAAGAUUCGGAUUGCAUAUGAGAAGAAACUUCAGCAACUUAGAAAUCAAGAUGUGAAAGGAGAGGACCCCUCUGCUGUGGAUAAAACAAGGGCAGCAAUUAGAGAUUUGCAUACCCAAAUAAAAGUUUCAAUGCACUCUGUUGAAGCUGUUUCAAAGAGGAUUGAGACUUUAAGGGAUGAAGAGUUGCAGCCUCAACUUGUGGAACUGAUACAAGGGCUAGCAAAGAUGUGGAAAGUCAUGGCAGAGUGUCACCAAUCACAAAAGCAAACCAUAGACGAAGCCAAACUCUUACUAGCAGGUACACCUUCAAAACUGAAUGUGAAGGGGCACUCAUCCAUGCGAGUUGCUGAUUGUCACCAGUUGGCCAGAUCAGCUGCCAAUCUUGAAACAGAGCUGAAGAAUUGGAGAACCUGUUUUGAGUCAUGGAUCACUUCUCAACGAUCCUAUGUCCAUGAAAUAGCUGGCUGGCUCCUGCGUUGUGUGAGGUGUGACACAGAUAUGUCAAAAUUGCCAUUUUCUCCUCGACGCACCAGUGGAACCCUUCCAAUAUUUGGACUUUGCAUCCAAUGGUCAAGGUUUCUUGAUGCUAUUGGAGAGAUGCCCGUGCUUGAUGGAUUAGAUUUUUUUGCAGCUGGGAUGGGUUCUCUUUACGCCCAGCAGCUAAGAGAUGAUUCUCAUAAGGUCCCUAUCGGGUCAAAGAGAUUUGGAACUGGGUUAUCAGAUGAAUCUGGUGGGAACAUGGAAGUGGUGGAGUUUGGACAAGCAGAAGAUGUUAUGACUACAGAGAAACUCGCAGAAGUUGCUAUAAAGGUACUUUGUGCCGGAAUGUCAGUUGCAAUGAGCUCACUGACAGAGUUUGCUAUCAGUUCUGCUAACGGAUACACAGAACUCAUUGAUCAAUGGGAUAAGACCAAGCAACCACAAGGUCAGGGGACAGCAUAGUUUUUGAUAUUUUGUUAGGUAGUUUAAAUUUAAGGUUUUCAACUUCAAUGUAUAUAAUUUGUUAUGACAAGAUAGCAUAGAGUUCUAAAUGUUUCCAUUCUCCUGAUGCUUUGCUCCAUACUACUGGUGACAUGAAGCAAUCAACCUAUCUAAAGCUCACCGAGAAGAUGAGAAUGUGGUACUAUACAACUUCCUAGGAUUUUGUCACUGUUUAACAAAUUGGCUUCUGUAGAAACUUGCGGAUUUACUAGUUUUCAACCCUGAAUGCUAGAGCUGAAACCUUCAACAGUAAGGCAUACAAUGCUUAAUACUGGUUAAGUUUUGUCAAUCCAGGCCUUGGCAAGGAUACUACCAGGCUUUUACAUGACCAAUUCCUGAA